AUGGCGACCGCGACGCGCGUGGAGCUGCGGCGGUUGGCGGAGGAGGCAGCGGCCCUCGCCGGCGUCGUCAGCGGCUCUCUGGGGCCCCGCGGCGGCCAAGUCCUGCUCACGCGCCCCACGGGGGAGGUGCUGCUGUCGCGGGACGGGCGGCGGGUGCUGGAGGCGCUGAACGUGGACUCGCCCACGGCCAGGAUGAUGAUAGCAUGUAUUUCCACGCACUGCAAUCUGAUUGGAGAUGGUGCUAAAACAUUCAUCAUCCUACUCUCCGCUUUCCUGCAAGGACUUGAGAAACUUAUUGAAAGAGAUGGUGCUCCCUUUUGCAAGAAUGUGCAAGGAAGAGAGAAACAUAAGGAAAAGUGUUGUGGAUUGAACCAAAUCUCCCGGUUUCUUAUGAUGCUCCAUACCAGCAUCCUGGACCGCAUAGUGAUACAGGACCUACAAAAACAUUUUCUGACAGUCUUUUCCGCUUAUGAUACAGACAUAAAUAGAAGCGCAGUGGAGUCUGUAUUAGAAGCUUAUUUUUGUGGGAAAGUAGCCAAUGAUAGGCAAGAGUUUCUUUCCCAGUUGAGCUGCGAUUUCUACUACAAAGCAACCGCUGGUAAAAAUGCAACUGAAGUACUACAUUUGAUGGAUGAAUGUUUUGCUGAGUUGCAUACAGCUGUAACGGGCCUUCCUGUUUCAAGUUCAAGGAUCCUAGAAGGGCUUGUUCUUCAAAGAGAUUUUGCUGUGUAUUGUCCCUCAGAGGGUGAGAAAAGAAUUAUUAUCAUAACAGAACCUAUCCAUACAGCUCUUUCUGACUUGGGCAUAGAAGUGGUCAUAACUACCGAACGUCACUAUCAAGCGUCUGAACUCUGGAUUACAAAAAGAACAGAAGCUAUAAUAAAACACAUGCAGCACAGUAAUAUCAAGGUAUUAUUGUCCAGUGUGAAACAACACGAAGUGGUUCAUUACUGUGCAGAAGGUUGUGGCAUAUCCAUCGUAGAAUGUCUGUCACUGGAGGAAAUCUCUCUUAUUUGCAGGAUUACAAGAAUCUCACCUUUUAGGCCUUCACAGGACAAUUUUCACACUGCGGUCACGGAAGCUGGUGUUGCAAAAUUUUGCCAGCCUCUGCGGCUUGGUGCAAAGAGAUAUGUCCACAUUGGUUUGACAGGGACUCAUGCUUUUCAACCUCACUGCAUGAUUCUCUGUGGGCCUGUCCGUGGGGUUACUGAGCAGCAUGCUUGUGCUUUUCAUGGCGCGUUCAAAAUGCUACGGCAAAUGUUUACGGUAGUUAACCUAACUGAGUGUCAUGAACCAAAAUCCGAAAGUCAGAACCUUUUAAACAGUCAGCGGGGCUUGGCUGAAGAGCAAUUUAAGGAGGAACCCACUGACUGUGAUAAUAUUCAGGCUCUUGACAAGCAACUGAUACCUUGUGGGCCUGAAACAGAAAAGCUACUACCUCUGGAAUAUAAGCAUCCAGACAAAGUGGGAGUUCCUGAGAGUGAGCUGUCUGAAAAGAUUCAGCAUGUUCACACUAAAGUUGAGGAAAGCAUGAGGUGCAGACAUGCAUUAGUACAGCCACAAGCCCAUAAGGAUGGCUACACAGGGCCCAGUUAUGGAACUUCAGUUAAAGAUGAAGGGAGUAACAAAAGCUGUCUCCAAGGUAAUGCCAGCUGUUCUAUAAAGGCAGGAGCAGUUGUGCCAGUUGGUGGAAUCUUUGAGAUCCUGUUGCAUUACUACCUGUCUUGCUAUGCAAAGCAGUGCCAGUCAACCUGUACAUCCACCCUUUGCUUCCUAAUUGCUGAUGUGUUGCUAAGCAUUCCAAAAACCCUCUGCAAGACACAGAAAAAGAACACUUUUGCUCGGCUGUAUCUUGAAGUUACCGGUGCCCUCAGAAGUAAGCAGCAGCUACUGCUGACCGAUCACAAAAGCCUCGAAUCGGUAUCUUGCAAGUACCACUUGGUGGCUUCUGUUGUUCAGUGUGCCGCGAGGCUUCUUAGUAUUGACCUGAUAGUUGGCAUUAAGAAGGUGCCUCAGAAGGCCGUGGAAAGCGACUCAGAAGGCGACCAGUGA